CAUGACCGUGGGGCGGGAGAGCGGCGCGGCCUGGGUAGGAGGGACCGGAUAAUCUCUCCUAGGCGACCAAGAGUCAUGGCGGGCGUGGUGGACUUCCAGGACGAGGAGCAGGUGAAGUCGUUUCUGGAGAACAUGGAGGUGGAGUGCAACUAUCAAUGCUACCGUGAGAAGGACCCGGACGGUUGUUAUCGGCUGGUAGAUUAUUUGGAAGGGAUCCAGAAGAAUUUUGAUGAGGCUGCCAAGGUGUUGAAGUUCAACUGUGAAGAGAACAAACACAGUGAUAGCUGCUACAAACUGGGGGCCUAUUAUGUGACUGGAAAAGGCGGAUUGACCCGGGACCUGAAAGCUGCCUCCAGCUGCUUUCUGAUGGCAUGUGAGAAGCCCGGAAAGAAGUCUGUGGAGGCAUGUCACAAUGUUGGUCUCCUGGCACAUGAUGGACAGGUCAAUGAUGAUGGUCAGCCUGAUCUAGGGAAGGCCAGAGACUAUUACACAAGAGCCUGCGAUGGCAGUUAUGCUGCUAGCUGCUUCAACCUCAGUGCCAUGUUUCUGCAGGGCGCCCCUGGCUUUCCCAAGGACAUGGGCCUGGCAUGCAAAUACUCGAUGAAAGCCUGUGACUUGGGUCAUGUCUGGGCCUGUGCCAAUGCCAGCCGCAUGUACAAGCUGGGGGAUGGUGUCGACAAGGAUGAAGCCAAGGCCGAGGUGCUAAAAAAUCGUGCUCUACAACUACAUAAAGAACAGCAGAAAAACGUCCAACCUUUAAUGUUUGGGUAAUGUGGCUCACCCUCCUAUGCAACAGAUUGAGGCUGGCACCUCCUAUUUCUGAUAGAGCCCUUAGAGGUCAACCUGCUGGAGCAGGAAGACUUGGGACUCAAUAUCAGUUGCUCUCGUUACAUAGACCCAUUGCCCCAAAGUGUCACCUACUGGGAUAUAGCUUGAAAUGUUUAUUCCUUUAACUGGUGUUUUCUGUGAAGACACCCACAUUAAUGGGGUCUUAGUUCUCAAAUUCUUGUAUCUCUAUGAAAAACAGUGAUAUAGAGAGCUAUAGAGAUUUUGGAGGGUGUGGAGGAGAGACAAAGAGCAGAAAAUUGAGAAAAUUAGCAGCCACAGGGUAUGAAGGAAUCGGACAUCAUCAUGAUUGUUAUUUUUGUUGGGAGGGCUUAAAAAUCUGAAAGUGUCUUGAUUUACAUAAUAGAGGGUUUAAGGACCUAAGAACAGCUAACUGCCACCCUCUGACUUAUGUAACCAUUGGUGAGGGCUUCUUUUUUGCCUUUAGAGUCACAUCUUUCAAUAAAUUCAUAGAGAUCAGAAGGAUUAAAUGUUGUUAUGCUUCAGGGUUGCUGAAGAGGAUAAGCCCACCUUCAGUGGAGACAUUCACAAUGAAAAAUUAGCAUCCCCAGUUGACACACCUGGUACUGCGCAUCACGCUGAGGGAGCAGAUUAUUCCCAGGGCAACUUUAGAUAGGGAUGUGUAAGCAUUGUGCUUUGUGACACUUUUUGUCCCUCAGAACUGAACCUUUUUAACUAUCCCUGUAAAUAAACUAUUUUGAUUGAUUAGUA